CUCACUUUUGUGUUUUUUGAGGAAAAUUCUUAAAAACAUCUGAAAUAAUUUACUCCAUUUUUAUAUACAUUAAUUAAGCUUUCUGGGCUAUUGUAUAGUAUACACUAAUUGAUCUUCAAUUAAAUUACAUAAAUUAGUUUGCGUAAUAAAAGAAACAAAGCAGAAAAAUGGAUUUAGAACUUAAAAAGGCAUUUACUGAGAUGCAGGUAAACAAAAUUGAGACAACUAAGAAGUUACGAAUCAUAGAUUCACAGAUUGACAUGCUUAAAAAGUCAAAACAACGAUUGGAGCUAACGUCAAGAGAACUUAAUGGAUUAAGUAAGAAUGGUAAUGUUUAUGCUGCUGUAGGACGUAUGUUUGUAAUGUCAUCAGUUCCUGAGAUAAAGGAUGACUUGAAAGUUAAACAGGAUAAGUUGGAAGGAGUUAUUGAGAGCUGCGAUAAGUCAAAAGACGUUCUGCAGAAGAAUAUUAAAGGACAAGAAAAUGCUCUUCGAGAUUUGGUCGAUGCCAAGAAAAAGGAAUCAAAAUAAAUUAUGCUUUACACGUCUUUUUCAUUAAUUACUCAUUUAAUAAAUUUCAUAUUAUUUAACAAAUUCCUUAAUAAAUUGUCUUUGAGAUUAACGAUCUUUUGAAAUUUAAACCUCCUUUCGAA